AGUAGAUGAAAUUAUUGGCAAUGAAAACUGAAAACAACUUCAUGACUCAGUUCCCGUAUGCGUAGUGAAGAAAGAAGGUUAGGAACCACAGAGGGGGGAGGAAAAUCGUCGUUUGAAUGUGGGAUAAUCUUGAAAAACUUAACUGAGCAAAAAUGGUAUGAACAAUACUUGAUACCUACUGUAAAAGUAAGCACUUUGUGUCAACAUGGAUACAGGACUUUACAGCUCUACUGGAUCUACUGAUGCUCAGCAGAAGUUGGCCAGCUUUUGGAAUACUGUCAAUGAGGAGAUAAAUACUGUUCAAGAUUUCAAGACACAGGAAUUGCCUCUGGCUAGAAUAAAGAAGAUAAUGAAGAUGGACGAAGAAGUUAAAAUGAUAAGUGCAGAAGCACCAGUGCUAUUUGCUAAAGCAGCCGAGAUAUUUAUCAACGAGUUAUCUCUGCGAGCCUGGAUACACACCGAGGACAACAAGAGGCGAACUUUACAGAGAAACGACAUAGCUAUGGCAGUGGCAAAGUAUGACCAGUUUGAUUUCCUGAUUGAUAUCGUCCCUCGGGAUGAACUAAAACCCCAAAAACGACAGGAAACCGUCCAGGAGACUGAAAUACGGACUCCAAAUGCGGAUCAAGUUCAGUAUUACUUCCAGCUGGCAAACCCAGCCACUUCAUCAGCAAACUCUACAACUAAUAUACAAACUGCCUCUAGUACUCAGCCACAACAGAUUACCAAUCAGCAGCCAACCCAGAACUCUCAGCCCAUAGUCAUUGGCAACCAAGCCAGCCUGAAUCUUUCUUCGAACAAUACCCUGCAAAUUCAGCCAACUCAAGUUAUGCAAACAGUUGGGCUGCAGCAGAAUGCCGGUAUUCAAGUUACACAGAACAACACUCUAACUCAAAACGCUGCCAGGCCGAAUACCAGCACAGCUGAGAGUAGCAACAGUCAGCAGCAACAGCAGCAGCUUUAUAACAUGACCACUCUGAGGUUCAACAGCCAGCUGCCGACUUACAAUAGACCCUCUUUGAAUUCGAACCAAUACUCUUACUCUGAACAACUGUCCUAUCUCCAACCACAGGUUUACAACUCUAAUCAGACUACCUACCAAGGCAACCAGCAGAACCGCUCAAACAACCAGGACUAAUAUCAUCGUAUGAACUCAUCAACAACACAUUUCCAAGAUAUCACCACGAUAGUAUGAUCACCUCGGUAGUUUGUACUUUGAGACAGCCCUGCAACGUGACUCGCUGAGGUGCCCUCUCAUCCGGGACUUCUAGUUCACAAUCCUGCAAAUGUUGCAACAUUGCUGCAUUUUGCAUAUAUCCUGCACACUUCCUGCACAUUCCUGCACACUUCCCUCUGCAGAUAUAGCUUGUACGGACUCUUACUUAAUUCUAUACGUGUAGAUAUGACACAAUAUGUUUGGGAUCAUGUCGGCUGCUGCUCUGCAGAGAUAGGGUUUUAUCCUUAUAGGGAUACGGGCUCCGUUACAACCAGUGAGUGGUGUUUCUGGGGUUGUAACAGUCCAUGAUACUUGGGAUCUUGUUGGGGUGACAUUGCAAUCAUUCUUAGGUGGACAGGAAGUUAGGAACCAUAAAACCAUAAAACGCGGAACUCUCCAAACCCUCCAAUCUCCACAAACCUCCCAUAUUUAAGACAUGUCGUACUAAACCUAAAUUGGUUCAUGACAACUGAGGUCUCCUGCAAAAUGUGAUUUAGGGCACUGUCCCACAUGUUACAGACAGGGUAAUUGCGCUCUACUGAAGCUCUCCUUCUCAUUAAACAUGAAAAUAUGAAAUAUAAUUAUCAAUAUGAGCGGCUACAGUGGGCAUGAGCAGGUCAGGAGUCUCAGUUAAAACCUGUGUUUGUUCAGUGGAACUGAUAAUAAAAUGGUUAUCGGAUAAUUAUUUGUUUUCGCGAAGAUAAGUCUACCAUGGGUCUCAUUCUACAGAAAGCUGGGAUAAUUUGUAACAUUCUGGUGUCUGUCAAAAUAUGUUUUUAUUUGAAAAAUAUGGUUAUUGGACAAUGAAUUGUUGAGAUACCACCAUGGUUAACACUCCUAAAUAAUCCAACUUUAUCUUCAGAAAAUGCCGCGGUUUUUGGGGUUUAGGGCCUACUUAAAAAUAAUUGGUUUUUGAGCGACAGUGGGGUCUGUACCGCUUACCAGAGUUAUGUAGAUGUUGUGUUAUUUACUAAUUCACGGUGAAGUAAUAUUUGUCAUUUUUGUAUCAGUAAUAAUGAUAUUACACCCAAAGGUACUAAACUUUAUCUCGAUUAACCCAGUAUUAAAUAUUAUAAUAUGUAGAGAUUAUUUGAUGGAGAAAUUAAGUUUUGAAUGUUCAACCGGAAGUAUUGAAUUUGAUCCUAUUAGUGGAAAAGCCAAGUUUGUUUAAAAAAGAAAGGUGCUUAAAUUCUGAGAUUUUAUUUAUUUUAAAUUAAAAACACCAGUCGAGGCAUGACAUAAUAAUAUUAUAUUAUAACGUACCUGAUAAAAUCUUUUUUACCAUCAAAACCCCACAACCCUACUUUUUCAAGAGACUCUUUAUUUAGAACGAUUUGAUUACUCCAGGAGAUGGAGCUGCAAAAUAUUUUCACUGAAAAGUCGCAUAUAUACGGUGAAAUUGAGCGGUUAAAGACCUCAAUAUUAAUUUCACGUUGGGUUUUUGUUGUGCCUAUCUUGACACGGAGGGGAACAAUAAUUGGCGUCUACUUUUCAUGGGCUGUCUUUCGUCCGUCCUUUCAUCUAACCGACAGGAAUCGGUUUUACCUGGGAUACUUUUGUCUGAUUAUCUCACUAUAUUGCUAUAUAUCAUACCAAUUUUGAACAUUCAAAGUUAAA